CAAUCAUUUGGUUCGAGCUACUUGGCGAUUUCUUCUGCGCCAAAAAAACCAUCCUACAGGCUAUAGCAGCUCCUCAAGCUUUCUACUUAUCUCUGUUCCUUUUCUCUUUUGGGAUUCUUCUUCUUCGCCUACAUUCAUUUCGCUAGCGAUCAUGGAGGAUGAAGAUUGGGUUCUAGUGGAGCCACUCACGGGGAAUACCAUCCAGGAACCAACCUGGAUGGACUCCGAGAUUCCUAGGCCGUUGAAGGUCACGUUUCGUGAGCCUGCAAAGUACUGGACUGACGCAAUUCCGAUCGGGAAUGGCCGGCUUGGUGCCAUGAUUUGGGGUGGAAUCUCAUCGGAGAUUAUCCAGCUUAACGAGGACACGCUAUGGACUGGAAUUCCAAGCGACUUUACUAACCCUGAUGCUCCGGAAGCAUUAUCAGUUGUUAGAAAGUUUGUUGAUGAUGGCCAAUAUGCAGAAGCUUCAGCUGCUGCUGUCAAGUUGUUUGGUAAACCUGCAGAUGUCUACCAAUUACUUGGGGAUAUCAAGCUAGAAUUUGAUGAUUCUCAUCUCACAUAUGCUGAAGAAACAUAUUAUAGAGAGCUAGACUUGGAUACUGCAACAGCAAAAGUAAAGUAUUCUGUGGGUGAUAUAGAAUUCACUAGGGAAUAUUUUGCAUCGUAUCCCGAUCAAGUGAUUGUGGUAAGGCUUUCUGCAAGCAGAUCAGGGUCUCUGUCCUUUAAAUUGUCUCUGGAUAGCAUGUUAGAUCAUCGUUGUUACGUAAAUGCUGAAAGUGAGAUAAUAAUGGAAGGAAGUUGUCCUGGGAAAAGGAUCCCACCAAAAGUGGAGGCAAGUGACAGUCCAAAGGGAAUUCAGUUUUCAGCUGUUCUUGAUUUACAGAUUAGUGAUGGCAUAGGUGCGGUACAUGUUUUGGGCAACAAGAUGUUGAAGGUAGAAGGUUCAGAUUGGGCUGUGUUGCUUCUAGUGGCUUCAUCUUCAUUUGAAAGCCCAUUUAUUAAGCCUUCAGAUUCAAGGAAAGAUCCUACUUCUGAGUCUCUUCGUGCUUUGAAGUCGAUAAAAAAUUUGUCUUAUUCUGAUCUAUAUGCACGACAUUUAGACGACUAUCAGAAUCUUUUUCACCGUGUCUUGUUCCAGCUCUGCAAAAGUUCUGAUCUGGUGAUGAAUAAUCUUAGGCCUUCUACCGAUGCCUCGUAUCUCAAAGAGAACAAAGGUGAUUUAGUUCCAACUGUUGAGAGGAUAAAAUCUUUUCAAUUUGAUGAGGAUCCAUCCUUAGUUGAGCUUCUAUUCCAGUUUGGCCGUUAUUUGCUCAUUUCUUGCUCACGCCCGGGAACUCAGGUGGCAAACCUGCAGGGAAUAUGGAAUAAAGAUCUUCAGCCAUCAUGGGAUUCUGCUCCUCACUUGAACAUCAAUCUUGAGAUGAACUACUGGUUGUCCUUGCCUUGCAACCUUAGUGAAUGCCAGGAGCCCCUCUUUGAUUUUAUUAAGUCCCUGUCUACUAAUGGAAGUAAAACAGCACGAGUUAACUAUGAAAAAUGUGGUUGGGUUGUGCAUCACAAGUCUGACAUAUGGGCAAAAUCGUCUGCUGAUAGAGAAAAUGCUGUUUGGGCAUUAUGGCCAAUGGGUGGGGCAUGGCUUUGCACCCAUUUAUGGGAGCACUAUAAUUACUCAAUGGACAAGGAUUUUCUCAAAACUGAGGCAUACCCUCUGUUGGAAGGAUGUGUAUCAUUUUUGUUGGACUGGCUGGUUGAAAGGCCUGAAGGAUAUUUGGAAACUAAUCCCUCAACUUCCCCAGAACAUAUGUUUAUCGCGCCAGAUGGCAAGCCUGCUAGUGUGAGCUAUUCAUCAACCAUGGACAUGGCAAUCAUAAAAGAAGUUUUUUCUUCUAUUGUCGCAGCUUCUGAGAUUCUGGACAGACAAAAUGAUGAUCUUGUUCAAAAAGUGCGUCAGGCUCAACCAAAUCUUCGUCCAACACAAAUUGCUGAAGACGGUUCUAUAAUGGAAUGGGCUCAAGAUUUUAGGGACCCAGAGGUGCACCAUCGACAUCUUUCACAUCUGUUUGGUCUGUUUCCAGGGCAUACAAUAACCAUCGAGAAAAAUCCAGACCUUUGUAAAGCUGCAGAGAAUUCCCUCUAUAAACGAGGAGAGGAUGGUCCAGGAUGGUCAACUGCAUGGAAAUCUGCUUUAUGGGCGCAUCUACACAAUAGUGAGCAUGCUUAUAGGAUGAUUAAGCAUUUGAUUAAGUUGGUGGAUCCAGAUCAUGAGGUAGCUUUUGAAGGUGGAUUAUACAGCAACUUAUUUGCAGCACACCCGCCUUUUCAGAUUGAUGCCAAUUUUGGUUUUACAGCAGCAGUUGCAGAAAUGGUAAUGCAGAGUACCUUGAAGGAUUUGUACUUGCUUCCUGCACUUCCCCGCGAUAAAUGGGCGAACGGGUGUGUGAAAGGACUAAAGGCGUGCGGAGGGUUGACAGUAAACAUAUCCUGGAAAGAAGGAGAUCUCCAUGAAUUUGGUGUUUGGUCCAAGGUUGAAAGCUGUGCCCAAAGAUUGCAUUAUAGAGGUAUUACAGUGAAAACAAGCAUAUCACCUGGAAAAGUUUAUACAUUUAAUGCACAGUUAAAAUGUGUAAAGACAAGCUCUCUCUCAUAACUGACCUCUCAAUUGGUUGAUCUCUCAAUUGUUGGUUUCGUGGAACAAGUAUUCAAUAAAUCUUAAUCGGAUGGAUAAGAUUACAGCUAUCUUGUAACUGAAAGCAUUGCACAAAAGUUCUCAAAUAUUUGUAGAGGUUUAGAUUGAUAAUAUUAGGCCCACGUCAACUUUAAAUUUUGUUGUAAUAAACUAUAAUUGUAAUUAUUGUAUAAUCGACAAAAUUGAAAAGAUUGGAUAUAUAAUAAAUGGGAUUGGAGCUUUGUUUUUUUUUUUUUUUUUU